UGCGCGGCCCCGCCUCCACCUCCGCCCGGAUUGUCGCCUAAGCGCCCCGAGCCGGCAUCCGAUUGGCUCUCUCUGCGCGGCCCCGCCUCCAGAGCGGCGCGCGCGGCCUCCCCCCCCCCCUUGCUCCUCCUCCCUCCCCGCCCCCUCUCCCUCGACUCCCGCUCGCGCCGCCGCCUCGGGCCCGCGCCGCGCUUCGCCGGGCUGAGGAGAGGCCGGGUUUCUGCCCUGCUGCCGCGGCGCGCCGUCUCGGGGAGGGCCGGCGGGAGGGAGCCGCUCGCUCCUCGGCCAGCUCGCGGGGUCGGGGCGGCGCCGCUCCGGGCCGCGUGAUCGCCGAGCCGACCUCGAGCCUUAAGCGGCGGGAGAGCGCCGCGGGCCCCACCCAUCCGGGCCGAGGCAGCCGCGGCCAUGGCCGAGACGGAGGAGCGGAGCCUCGACAACUUCUUCGCCAAGAGGGACAAGAAGAAGAAGAAGGAGCGGAGCGGCCGGGCGGCCGGGACCGCGGGCUCGGCGGGCGUAGGCGCCGCCGGCGGGAGCAGCGGCUCGGCUGGCUGCGGGGCGGGCGCGGGGGCCCGGCCGGCGGACGGCGGCGGCGCGGCGGGCGUGGGGGCCGCGGGCGCCGGGGCCGCCGCCAAGGCCGUGACCAAGGAUGAAGAUGAAUGGAAAGAAUUCGAACAAAAAGAGGUUGAUUACAGUGGCCUUCGAGUUCAGGCAAUGCAAAUAAGUGAAAAGGAAGAAGAUGAUACUGAGAAGAGGGAAGAUCCAGGUGACAACUGGGAAGAAGGCGGAGGUGGCGGUGGUGGCAUAGAAAAAUCUUCAGGUCCCUGGAACAAAACAGCUCCAGUCCAAGCAGCUCCUGCUCCAGUAGUUGUUACAGAAACUCCAGAACCAGCGAUGUCUAGUGGUGUGUAUAGGCCACCUGGAGCCAGGCUAACCACAACCAGGAAAACGCCACAGGGACCACCUGAGAUCUACAGUGACACACAGUUCCCGUCCCUGCAGUCCACUGCCAAGCAUGUAGAGAGCCGGAAGGAUAAAGAAAUGGAGAAGAGCUAUGAAGUAGUAAGGCACAAAAAUAGAGGUAGAGAUGAGGUUUCCAAAAACCAGGCCCUUAAACUCCAGCUAGACAACCAGUAUGCCGUGCUAGAGAAUCAGAAAAGCAGCCGCAUGCAGUGCGAUUGAGGGAUGCUCUUUGCUAGCCCUCCUGAGGUCAUGAGCCCACAGCUGAGCGCCACGAGCAGCCAUUCAUCAUCUGACCUCUACUGGAUCUGCAGCGCCCGAUGCAAAAAGUGACCUGGCCCUAUUGCCCUCUGCAAGUUAAAGUGCCACAACUCUCUGUGUGGGAUGUAGGGGAAUUUUCAUUUGUUACCAAAAAAAAAAAAAAAAAAAAAAAGGCGGGGUGUG